GUGUGUGCUGUGCAUCCACUUACCUCUGAUCCCAGAAAUGAAAGUGAGAAAUCCGUUAUUUAACUGUCAGUUGUCUGUGCGGCCAAAUGCCAGGAUGUACUUCUGUGUAUUUAUCCUGAGUUGUCUGUAGUCUGCCUGUUUCCCCAUUCCUCCCAUAAUGAUAUUUUCUAUUAGAAUAUACACAAAACCAAGGCUAAUAUCCCAGGCACUAGCCAGUGUCACACUCAAAUAGCGAUUUCCUUAAUUUCUGCCAUUAUUUCCCUUAAUGCCCCCUUGUAUCAAUGCUCCGCUCACCUCUGAUCCCAGAAUUAGAAAGUGAGUUUACAGCCAAUCACGUUUUAUGUUUAUUUCCUGAUAGUGAUUGGCUGCAAGUUCAGCAAGUGUUUACAUGCUGUUUAGAUAAGUGGGACCCCAGUAAGGAGAUGUGGGGGUUCAGCUCAUGUAUCUUUGAUAAGGAAUAUUAAUUCUAAUGGACAAUGUUAGGCUGGGAGAAACAGUCCUGCUCUCUUGCACACCUCAAUAAAACCACACUGACAAAAACAUGGGACAGAUUUAUAUAUUUGAGUUGUCUGCCACAUGUCAUCUGUCUCCAUUUCCUGUUCUUUAGACCAAGUGACCAAUGCAGAAAAUAUUCCCCCGGACCAGAAACCGCUUUCAGAGACUUGUGUAAAUGCUGGUCUGCCAGGCGGAUGUCUAAGAAACAUCGGCAGAAGAUCCUCAUAAUGCAUCUGGAAAAAGAGACCGCACAAUCUAUAUACUCACCAUGCAAAAAACGAAAAGGAUCCAGUACUAAAGAUAGACACGCUCCAGUAAUCAGGGGCCAACCCACAAGCAGCCAUCAUGGCACCACCUCUCCAAAACCGAAAGCCCAACUGACCAUGCCCUCAACUCCAACUGUACUGAAGAGGAACAUUCUGGCGAAGUCUAAAAAUUCAGUAGAACAAGAGCUUGGGAAAAUGCAAGUGCUUCAGAAGGAAAUGCUAGAGAGUCUCAAGAAAAAUGAGCAUUCCAUGAAAGUUGCCAUAUCUGGAGCAGAUAGCCUUUCUGGUUCCAUGAUUCAAGAAGGCUUUGAGCUGGCUACAGCAAAAAGGGCCAAGGAUCGCCAGGAGUUUGAGAAGUGCUUGGCAGAGAAGGAAGCUCGGGAAGCAACGGGAAGAGGAAGAAAGGGAAGAGAUCAAUCAGUUGAGGCAAGAGCUGCCAGUCCAGUCAAACAGAGGAGGAAGGCUUUACAGGACCAACAGCACUCAAGACCAUGAAGCCAAGAAAUUGGGGGUACUAACACUGAGGGCUGAACCGUCCCUCUACUUCGACCCCUCUACUGCCUUGUAAGGACACGGUGGAAGAGCAGAUCCAGAGAACACAACUAACAGCCUCUCCCAGUCCUAGUGGGGGCAGGAAAACACAGGACACACCAGUGAUGGAUAUAAAAUUCACAGAGAGCUCUAACACUUCCCCUGUUGUUUUGGAGGAGAAAGAAUAAUUUUUAUGGUGAGUAAAUGCAUCUCUUUUUUCCCCCACAUCUGAACAAGCUCACAAGAAGGUCUCUAUCCUCGUGUAUUGGAAUUUCUUAAAUGAUACCCUAGGGCA